AUGGAUCCUCUGGGAGCAAUAACUAUUUUCCUGGCAGUGUGCAUCUCUUGCCUUCUUUUCCUUUCAACAUGGAAAAAGAUGUCUGGAAGUGGGAAGCUGCCACCUGGCCCUGUUGCUUUUCCCAUCAUAGGAAAUGCACUGCAGCUGAAUAUGAAGAACUUGCCCCAAUCAGUGCGUGAGCUCAGUGAAAAGUACGGCCCGAUUUUCACAAUAUAUUUGGGCUCAGAGCGGGUUGUGGUGCUGUAUGGACAGGAGGCUGUGAAGGAAGCACUGAUUGAUCAAGGAGACGAGUUCAGUGACAGAGGUCGUAUGCCAGUAUUUGAAAGGUUGCCCGACAAAAAAGGUAUUGCUGAGGUCAGUGGGGAGCCGUGGAAGCAGCUACGCCGAUUUACCCUCACCACCUUGAGGGAUUUUGGGAUGGGGAAGAAGAGCACUGAAGAGCGAAUCCUGGAGGAAGCCCAUUUCCUGGUGGAAAGGCUCAAAAACACUCACGGGCGGUCCUUUGACCCCACCCUCUUCCUCAACCAUGCCGUCUCCAAUGUCAUCUGCUCAAUCGUCUUUGGGGACCGGUUUGACUAUGAAGAUAAGAAGUUUGUGACUUUAAUAAAUCUCAUAGAUGAAAUUAACAAGCUCCAGCGCUCUCCCUGGACAGCGCUGUACAAUUUUUUCCCGACUCUCAUGCAUUACAUCCCUGGGCCUCACCAGAGAAUCUUUAAACAUUUUGAGGAGUUGAGAAAGUUUGUUCUGGAGAGAGUGGAGAUGCACAGAGAGUCCCUGGAGCCCAGCUGCCCUCGAGACUUCAUCGAUGCUUUCCUCAUCAAAGUAAAACAGGAGCAACAUCACAGCCAGUCGGAAUUUACCACUGAGAGCUUGUUAAGAAGAACAUUAGGCUUAUUCUUUGCUGGAACAGGGACAACUAGUGACACCCUGAAACAUGGACUCAAGCUUCUUAUGAAAUACCCUGAAAUCGAAGAGAAGGUUCACGUAGAGAUUGACCGUGUGAUUGGCCGAAGCCGAAGCCCCUGCAUGGCGUACCGAAGCCAGAUGCCCUACACAGAUGCUGUUGUACAUGAGAUCCAGAGAUUCGUCUCUCUUGCCCCUCUUGGUUUCCCACGUGCUGUGAAUAGAGACACUCAUUUCAGACAAUACAUUAUCCCCAAGGGCACCACUAUAUUCCCUGUACUGCAGUCAGUCCUAUAUGACAGCAAGGAAUUUCCAAACCCAGAGCAAUUUAACCCCGGGCAUUUCUUGGAUGAAAAUGGUGCCUUCAAGAAGAGUGACUUCUUCAUGCCUUUUUCUAUAGGGAAACGGAGUUGCGUGGGAGAGGCUCUGGCUCGGAUGGAGCUAUUUUUGCUACUGACAACGAUUUUGCAGAACUUUACCUUGAAGUCUCUCAUUGACCCCAAAGAUAUUGAUAUAACUCCGAUGAGUUUCACUUCAAAUGCCCCAGUGUCCUACCAGCUCAUUGUUAUUCCUCGGUAAAUACCUUGAAAAGUCACCUCCAUUUCCUGAGGUGAUUAAUUUGAUUGUCUGUGAUCUUGAAUUCUUUAAUACAGUGACAGAAUUUAACUAAUUGCCAUGAAAUGCACAGACAAAUUAGUCAACUUUUUAAGUAAAUAUGAUUUAACAAAAUUGUUAUACCAUAAAAUAACUGUAUCAGUGAUGCUAAUGGCAUGUACAGUAAUCCUGCAGUGUUCUCAAAUGGGCUCAGGUGUGAAUCUAUUCUCAACAUAAGCUGGGUUUGUUUUCAGUUCAUUUGUGGUGUAGUUGACAAACGUGAAAGCUUCUUUGACAGCUGUAAAGGCUGCUCUGUUCACAAGGAGCUAGUAACAAUGUCCAGCAUUUUAGGUCUGUUCAGCCAAUGAUAAUGAAUUAUGACGAUGACGUUCUGCUUCGGUGGGGAGAGUUUCUGUGGUAGGGUGACUGAACUGGCAUUCUCACUCCCCACUUUAUCCAUUCAGGUUCAGAUAAAUUCAGUAGGAUUAAUCCUUUACUCUUCAUACAGAGUAUCAGAGGGGUAGCUGUGUUAGUCUGGAUCUGUAAAAGUAGCAAAGAAUCUUGUGGCACCUUAU